CGAUGUGUCUGCAGUCCUAGUUCACAAUUUUAUGAAACAAUUCGCUAACAAUUUUUAAGUAAAACGAAUAAUAUUUAUCAGAAUGACAGCACAAAAUCUUGAAUCUGUGACUCCAGUGGACAUUGAUGACCAGGGUAUUUUCAAAUAUAUUCUAAUAAAAGUCUUUGGAAGUGAAACCUCCGACGGCAAUGAACCCAGCAAGACUAUAGUACGCGGAUAUGCAGAUUGUACUUGGCAUGCUGACAUAUAUGACCGCGUUCAGGAGAUUUGUAAAAAGAAAGACUUGGAUACUGAAUGUCUAGGUGGAGGUCGCAUCGAACAUAACCCAGACAAGAAGUAUAUUAAAGUCUAUGGCUAUUCCCAGGGUUUUGGAAAAGCCGAUCACUUAGAGACAAAGAGAAUUUUACAAACGAAAUAUAAGAAUUACGAAAUCGAGGCAUCCGAUGAGGGAUAUUAAAUUAAUUUAAGAUCAUAUGUAGCUGAAAAACACGAUGUGAUUAUAAAGCCCAAAAGAACUGGUUUUAUUAAAUUUACUACAAUCAAA